AUGGAUCUCUUUGAUCGAACCGAACAGGAUAGGAGGAGAGAAUUGCUUCACCUGCAGCGAAGAGAGCGCAAGCGACAGCGAAACGAAACUAGAAGAAAGCAAUCGGAAGUCUGUAAUGAGAGGUCGUCCGUUGCCGGAAGCGAUCGGGAUCGGAGUAUCCUUAGCAAUGCUCCAGGUGAAUUGCUCCAGGAGUUGGAUACGUCAAACAUCUGCGAUCCUUUGAGAGUAGCGGAAGAACCACAAUCGUGCAGUAAUCGUAACAGCUGCACCGGUAACAACGAUGACAAGCACGAUUUUAGUAUGGAUUUGAAUGCGACCCGUUCGCCCACCAUCUGCUGGCGACGGAGCACACUACUGGAAAGUCAGUGUGCCCGUAGCCGGCGUCGGCGAAAAGUGACGCCAAGUAGCAGCAGUCCUUGGUGGCGGCAAGCCUUUAUUACCGGUGCCAUCUUCUUGCUAGCGCUGCUGCCAGCGGCUCUAGCGGGAACUCCGAAGUACGAAACGGCGUACGCUUGCGAGGGCAAAACGCUUAUGAUCGAGUGUGAACCGGGCGAUUUGAUCAAUCUGAUUCGGGCGAAUUACGGUCGAUUUUCAAUCACCAUUUGCAAUGACCACGGUAACGUGGACUGGAGCGUCAACUGUAUGUCUCCGAAGAGUUUGCGGGUGCUGCAUUCCAAGUGCGCCCAGAAACAGAACUGCUCCGUGCUUGCAUCGACAAGCAUGUUCGGUGAUCCGUGUCCUGGCACGCACAAGUAUCUCGAGGCGCACUAUCAGUGCGUAUCGGCAGCACAGUCCUCCACCACAACGAACCGACCAAGUCCACCGUGGUUGAAAACGUCACAGCCGAUCGUUUGGAGUACAUCGACAGUGCGCAGCCCGGUACUGAGCCGGCUAAAUUUAACCACCGAUCUGGGAGGAGGCGAGGUAGCGGUGGUAGCGGCCGUCACUCCUGCCCUAUCAACUCCACCAGCAACGCUGCGACCCGCUGGUGGUGGAGGAGGAGUUGGUGGAAACGCUGGCACAAAAACCAGCCAAUCACCGACCACCUUCCGCAAUAAGGGUUUCGAGAACAAGAGUGUCAACGAUGACCUUGCGAUCAUUAAAACGAUUGCUGAUCGAAAGAAAGGUGGCGGCCCGGUAGAACCGCUCGGUCCCAGGGCUCCAUCCGGUGGGACGGAGGAUAGCGCAGCACCGGCGGGUGGUGCUAAAGAAGAAGAAGACGACGACGGUGCGGAUCUUUAUCCCACCCAAACUGCAGUAUUAUCAGGCGCCGCGGCUCCACCGGGCAUCGUCGUACGGAAGGAUCCGGUCGGUACGAGCGUAAAUGGGGGUGGUAACGUUCAGAUCGACAUCAGCCAUGCAUGCGGCCCCAGUAGCGCGCGCAAUCUGUUCUGGAAUGUGACGCGCGUGGGCGAAGUGAACGUACAGCCCUGUCCGGGUGGUGCUACCGGCAUCGCCAAAUGGCGCUGCGUUGCGAUUGCUUCGCUCAGCCCCGAGCAGCGCGUCCAUCUGCAGCAGGAACAUCAGCAGAUGCUGCAGAUACAGCAGACCGCACAGCAACAACAGUCGGGUGGUACCGGCGGUUCCGGCGCACCGUCCGCGGACGAUAGCGGUAGUGGCAAAGGUGAUAUUAGUUUUAGUAGCAACAGCGUUGCCCUUAGCGAUAAGCAAUCGAUGGCCGGUGCCGCUACCUGGUACGCGUACCGACCGGACCUCACACAGUGUCGAAGUCUGUGGCUGAACAAUCUGGAGGUGCGUGUGCAGCAGCCGGAAUCAUCACUCAUUUCAAUUGCGAACGAUCUGGCACAAGUGACGAGCAGUAAAACGUUGUACGGUGGCGAUAUGCUCGUCGCUACCAAGAUCAUCCAGACGAUGUCCCAGAAGAUGCAUUACGACAUCGAGACAAUACCGGACCAGCGUCAACGGGAAGCGCUGGUGUUCGAGCUGUUGAACAGCGUGGUGAAAACCGGUAGCAACCUGCUCGAUCAAUCGCAGCACGCCAGCUGGUUGGAUCUGAGCGUCGAGGAUCAGAUGCGUGUCGCAACUUCGCUGCUGACCGGAUUGGAAGACAAUGCGUUCCUGCUGGCCGAUACGAUUUUGCGCGAAAAGCACGUCGUGCAGAAGGUGAAGAACAUACUGCUCUCGAUACGUGUGCUCGAGACGCGUAACUUCGCCAAGAGUACGGAGCUAUUUCCCGAUUCUUCUACCGAACGGUGGCAGGUCAGCAACGAUCAAAUCGAGCUACCAAAGGCGGCACUGAUCGAAAACAGCGAGGGAGGUUUGGUACGCAUCGUGUUUGUAGCCUUCGAUCGGUUAGAGCAGAUACUGCGACCACAGUUUAGCAAUAUCCAGCAACAACAGCCGGCUUCCAGUGGCGGAGUGUCCUCAGCGCGUGCUGAACCAAGUCAGCAUCGGCAUCUCGAUACUGAGGGAAUCGCUUCGGCAAACGUUGCCGGACUGGGCGGUGGUAACCUCGAUCGAAUGGGGGCAAACGAUGGCACGAUAGGAUCUUCCGCGGCGGGAGGUGCAGGUACCCGUACAGAUUCGACAGCACAGUCCGAUAUUACGGUGACGCCCCGUUUACGAUUGCUCAACAGUAAAGUAAUUUCCGCAAGUCUCGGCAAAGGCCGGCACAUUCAACUUUCGCAACCGAUUCGCAUGAUUCUUCGACAUCUGCGCACCAAGAACGUAUCGAAUCCGACUUGCGUAUUCUGGAACUAUAUCGAUCAUGCGUGGUCAGAAGACGGGUGUCAUGUGGAGCACACGAACAGUACGCACACCGUGUGUAUGUGCAACCAUCUAACCAAUUUCGCACUGCUGGUGGAUGCGGUCGACGAUGAGACGCAACUAUCGUUGCUGUCCAACCUGGACGAUAGCUUGCUGCUGUACAUUGGCAUUGCAGUGUUGGUCGUCAUUGUCGUUGUCGCGCUCUUCGCACGCAAACUUUGUCACGGUGCGGUUCUCGCUAAGCUGCGUAAUGGUGGUCCAGAAGCUAGUGCAGGUUUGCGAGGCGGAACUAUUGAUCGCGAUCCUGCUGGACUAUCGAUAUCCGCCCAUCACGGUACCGUUGCGGGACGAUUGCAUCAUCAUCAUGGCGGUAGCAACAAUGCGGGUGUGGAUCUGCAUCACCCGACCAUACCCACCACUGGCCAUCACCAUCAUCACCUGGUGCAUCAUCAUCUUCCUCCACCGGGUACCGGCCAUCAUCUGCUGGUGGCGGACGAUUUCCAUCAUCAGCAGCAACAGCAACACCCGGUCAACAAUCUGCACAACCAUCACCCGAAUAAUCUUGGCAGCAAUCAUCACGCCAACAGCAACAACCUGGUGACGACCACCUUCAACAACCUGAAUGGAGGGGGCGGCAUUGGACCGGGCAACUGUUCACCUUCACCACCGGGCAGCGGUUACGAGCAUCACCAUCCCGCGCAUCAUCUCGCACGGCUGAACAACAAUCCAAUCAUCACGCACAACAACAACAGCAGCAGCAGCACCAGCAGCAACAGCAGCAGCAGCACCGGCAGCAGCAACAAUCUGCACCAUCAGCCAACGCACCAUCUGCAGCAGUCCUCCUUCAGCAGCAACAGCACCACCACCGCCACCACCACCACCAACCGCAAGCUGCCGCAACCACCGCUGGUGCCAUCCUCCUACAAGGGCUCGGUAGUGAUGGCGGCCCAUCAUCACCAUCAGCAUCAUCUCUAA